ACCUAUACCUCGAAGUUAGAACACAGUGAAAAGUGCGCGGCAUACGUCUACUUUUACGCCGAAUCAACCAGAUGUAAAACAACAUGUCGUGAGGAACAACAAAUGGUUUGAGAGAUCCUACACCUACCCGAUGCAUAUAUAUACUUUGGUAUGCGCAAGGGAAUCAUAUCGAUUGGUUCAACAGGAACUCUAUCGGAAGCUCUGACACCAUGUCCUGUCUUCGUACCAUCUUCGUUUUCGCUCUCAUCUUUGGUACCGUGGCUCUUCGAGCUGAAGCUGCACCGGGGCCUCUGCCGGGAGCAGAAGGGAAUGCCGUGCGCGUGCGCCGUGAAUGUUCAGACGAGCAUUUCCCCUUGCGCUGCAAUACGGUCUGCGGGGGUACAGGAAGAUGCGAAAACGAAAUCUGCAUAUGCUUCUGACCUGCAUCAGAUCUGCCUCUGUCCGCAGACUAGGUGACGUCCAGUUCACGCACGGCUUACCGGAGCACGACAAAGGGAAGAAUGAUCUAUAACCAAGACUUGUACUUUCAUAAGCAACUGUUAUACUUUCGUUUACGUUGGCGAUGUAUCCAAUAAAGUGGGUGUUUAGUUCCAGAGAAUA